AAAAUUGUUCAACGGCAAUAAUGUCCCUACCAAAAGUCCCGAUUUGCCGCAUCUGCCUUUCGAACGAUGAGCUGCAGGUAUCCUUGUUUAGUGAAUACGCACAGCGACGGCUUUUGCUUACCAAGAUACGCGUCUGUUUGCCAAUAACCAUUACGCACGCCGAUACACUGCCGGUGACCAUCUGCAGCCAGUGUAUUAUUCGGCUAGAACAAUUCUACGAAUACUACUGCAAAUCGGAAACGUCGCAACGGAUUUUAACGAACGGAUCCGGCAAUUUGGGUGGAUGUUCACCUCCUCCCAAGACAAGACAUUUGGAAGGUUACCACCUGAACGCUUCACCGCCCGUGAACGGAAGUGCGUUCGAACAACGCACAACAAGAAAUAAUGUGUCCGAGUAUGUUGAGGAGCAUGGUUCGAUAACGAUCGGCAAUCGGCAGAUGGAUCCCAUCCUUACACAAUCGCCGAAAGUUACGAAUGAGAUACAAGCUCGUGCAUCGACGUCGCCGGCUCCAACGUUGAGCUUUUUAAUUCACGACUCGAAAGACAGGUGCAAACGAAAGCACGUGAAUCGCAAGAUGAAGAAAGCAAUACGAAGAUGA